GCAACAACAACAUCAGCAGUGGCAGCAGCAACAACAACCACAUCAUCAUAUGCGAGUACAACCCACGAAGAUCCUGUUCCAUCAACCUCAUCAUAUAGAAGUACAACGGGCAUGACGGGUCCACUAAUAGACGCCCCUUUUUUCAAGUGGGUAGCCAUUAUAUCAUCAUCCAUUUUGCUCCUGGUCAUUCUUACCUGCGCGGUCCUAAAAUAUAAACGACGGAAACAGACAACGCGUAGUGACAAGGAUACUACGGCCAAUGGUCCCGCGUCAGAACCUACGGGAGAAAGAAUACAAGAAUCUUCCACUGACCCUGAUUCUCUUCCUGGUAGACCGUAUGAAACUAUCCCUGAAUACAUUCUAUCUCAAUCCCAUAGUCCUGUGACGGGACACUCUAAUUGCCCAGUAUCUGGUCCUGACAUAAACGAACGAGUAGAUGAGUUUGGAUACAUGAUUCCAGACAGAGACGACGGAGGAGAACUACCUGAUGAACAAUCACCAGUCAGUCGGGAUGGUUAUUCAGAUAUCAAUCACACAUAUAUGGAUACAACCCUUUCUAGUAGUCAGCAAGAAUAUCCCCACACCUACCAUACCUACGAAAGUUCUAUGAUGACGAUGAAAAGCUUGGGAGAAAAGGAUGAACAAUUGUCGAGUCAUUAUUAUAACAUUGACAGCACUGACACUUCUAAGCGCUAUUAAGAAUCCCUCUGUCAUGUCUGUAUAGGGCCUAGUAGAUUUAGGGACAAGUCUACUUCAACAAAAAAUUAAUUAGAAGAAAAAGAGUAAAAUCCAACAGGC